AUGCUGUUGUUGCUUCUGGAGAGCAGAAUAUUCCACCAGCUGCCUUUCAAAGCUUCAUUUGCCUGCGGUGCAAGCAGAGUUAAAGGAGGUGCGGCCGAGGAGAGAAAGGGAGCUGUGGAGGGGCGAGCGGGGGCUCUUCGUCCAGAUGUGGCCUACAACCUGUUGCACACACUGUUCUAUGGCCUCCUGGCUUUCAGCACUAUGAGGAUGAAGUACAUAUGGACGGGCCAUAUGUGUGCGGUGGCAGCCUAUGGUGUGUGUGGGAAGGAGCUGUGGACGCUGCUGCUCAGCACCCUCAGGUGCAACAGUAAAGUCCUGUUAAGGCUUGUCAGAUAUGCAGUCCCGCUGCUGGUGAUCGCUUGCCUGUAUUACAAGUUCUGGCCUAAACUGAUGGAGGAGUUAUCCGAGCUGAGGGAGUUUUAUGAUCCAGACACUGUGGAGCUCAUGACCUGGAUUAGGUACACACACACAAACACACACAUGCAGACACGCACAAAUCCGGAGCAUUUUGAGACAAAGUUCCCGCCGGCCUGA